AUGGAGAAAAAGCUUUAUUGCAUUUUUGCUUAUGCAUUCCUAAUCACCAUAACCUUCCCAAUGCUUUCUUCUGAAUCCAAACAACCUUUGAGCCUUGCAACUGAUCAAACUGCCCUUCUUUCACUCAAACCUUCUCUUUUACUUGCAACUAAUUGGACCAACUCGAGCUCCGUCUGCAGCUGGAUUGGCGUCACUUGCAGCUUGCGCCACCCAAGAGUAGCUGCCUUGAAUCUCUCGAACAUGGCUCUCUCCGCCACCAUUCCACCGCAGCUCGGCCACCUCUCCUUCCUCGUCUCCCUCGACCUCUCCAACAACCUUUUCUAUGGAGAUUUGCCACACCAACUGUCUCUCCUUCGCCGUUUGAAGUUCAUAUCUCUCCGACUCAACAACUUCACCGGAGACAUCCCUCCGAUGUUGGGUCAGUUACCAAAAUUAGAGUACUUGAAUUUACGCAACAACAGCUUCAUAGGUUCCAUCCCAAAGUCGCUCUCAAACCUCACAAACCUACAAUUUCUUGACUUAACUUACAAUUCUCUAAGUGGAGAAAUUCCAAAAGAGUUUGGGAGACUUCAAAGUCUACAAACUCUAUCUGUUCAAUUCAAUCGUUUAUCCGGUGCUAUACCAUCAGCCAUAUUCAACAUAUCGACCCUUGUAUCUAUGGCCUUCUCAUACAAUGAAUUGAGUGGAAGUCUUCCAACAGACAUGUGCCGUAAUCUUCCACUUCUUGGUGGGAUUUAUCUUUCUGACAAUCAGCUGAGUGGCGCGAUUCCCACAAAUCUAUCCCAAUGUUCACGGCUUGAGGUGUUGAGCCUCUCUGUAAACUCUUUUAGUGGGGAGAUACCUUCAGAAAUCGGCUACUUAACAUCUCUUCGGGAGUUAUAUAUUGGUGGUAACAAUUUGAAUGGAAUACUACCACAUGAGAUUGGCCAUCUUCAGAGUCUGGUUACUUUUGGUGCUGAACGGAAUGAGAUUGCGGGCUCAAUUGAUUUCAAUAUUUUCAUGAAUAUGUCUUCUCUGCAAAACAUAAAUCUAAACCGCAACAAAUUCACGGGGAACCUUUCAAGGGAUGUCGAGAAUAUUACCAUGCUAACAGUGUUAUACAUCUCGGAAAACCAUUUUACAGGGCUUAUUCCCACUGAAUUUGGCCAACUUUACCAUUUGGAGGGAUUAUCAUUAUCAUUGAACAGCUUGAGUGGUUCGAUUCCACAUGAGCUCUUUAACAUUUCAACUCUUCGGUUUCUUUCACUUCUCGGCAAUACUCUGUCAGGGGUUCUUCCAACCCAUUUAUGCCAUGCCUCUCCCUUUCUUGAACAACUUUAUCUUGGCAUUAAUUCCAUGAGUGGAGCAAUACCCAACUCCAUCUCUAACUGUUCUCAACUCACAAUUCUCUCACUUUCUGAAAACAAAUUCAGUGGUUAUCUACCUACUCAUCUCGGCAACCUAAAGCAUCUCCAAAGACUUCAACUGCAUGGAAACAAUCUUAUCCAGGCACCAUCUUCUUCCUUCAUUACUUCAUUGACAAAUUGCAGGUCUCUAACUCAUUUGUCAUUUGGUGAUAAUCCUCUAAAUGGUGUCAUUCCAGCUUCUGUCAGGAACUUAUCUUCCUCACUUCGAGCAUUCAGUGCCCAGAACUGCAAAUUCAGUGGAAGCAUUCCUGUAGAAAUAGGCAAUCUAAGCAAUAUGAUGGGCUUAGAUUUAUCUGGGAAUGAGUUAUCCGGUAAUAUUCCACUAUCUAUAAGCCAUUUGCAUGAACUUCAAGGAUUAGAUCUUCAAGUUAACAUGUUGGGAGGCUCAAUACCACAUGCUAUAUGUGAUCUAUUCAGCCUCAAUACUUUAGGUAUGAGCCAUAAUCAAUUUUCAGGCCCAAUUCCUAAAUGUCUGGGAAAUGUCUCAUCCUUAAGAUAUCUUUAUCUAGACUCCAACAUUUUGAAUUCAAGCAUACCAUCAAGCUUAUGGGGCCUAAAAGAUUUGAUCAAUCUAGACUUGUCCUCGAAUUCAUUAAAUGGGUUCUUACCACAAGAGAUAAGUAACUUAGGAGCAGCAAUACAUAUAAAUCUAUCGAUGAACCAGUUGUCAAAGUCUAUUCCUAGCACUAUUGGGAAGUUGCAGAAUUUGGUUGAUCUGUCUUUGGCAAAUAAUAGACUAGAAGGUUCUAUUCCUGUGUCUAUGGGAAGCAUGAUUAGUUUGGCAGAUCUCGACUUGUCGUACAACAAUCUCUCUGGUUUAAUUCCAAAGUCUUUAGAAGCACUUCAACACCUCGACUACUUUAAUGUCUCUUUCAAUAGUUUAAGUGGAGAAAUUCCUAAUGGAGGUUCUUUUAGAAACUUCACUAUGGAUUCUUUUAAGGGUAAUGAGGCAUUGUGUGGAAUCCCCAAGUUCCAUGUCCAAAUUUGCUCUUCGAUUUCUAAUCACAGAUCAAAGAGAAAGAAGGUGGUACGAGCUACAUUUAUUGUUUUUGGAGUUGUGGGUUUCCUUUCAGUUGUUUCUUUGGCCUUUAUAAUUGUCAGAAACAAAAGAAAAGACAAGACAACUAUAGACGUUGAUGAGUUGAUAUCCAUUGAGCCGGAAAGAAUCUCUUAUUAUGAACUGCUGCAAGCAACGAAAAAAUUCGAUGAAAGCAAUUUACUUGGCACUGGGAGUUCUUGCUCAGUUUAUAAAGGAAUUCUUAACAAUGGGAAGGAUAUCGUUGUCAAGGUGUUUAAUAUGCAGCUAGAAGGUAUUUCAAGGAUAUUCGAUGUCGAAUGUGAGAUACUACGUAGCAUUCGACACAGGAAUCUAACAAGCGUCAUAAGCAGUUGCUCCAAUGAAGAGUUCAAGGCAUUAGUACUUGAAUAUAUGCCAAAGGGAAACCUUGAAAAAUGGUUAUAUUCCCACAACUAUUGCUUGAAUAUGAUGGAAAGAUUGAAUAUAAUGAUUGAUGUUGCAUGUGCUUUGGAGUAUCUUCACCACGGUUAUUCAAUGCCCAUUGUCCACAGCGACUUGAAGCCUAGUAAUGUGCUGUUAGAUGAAGACAUGGUUGCCCAUGUAAGCGACUUUGGGAUAGCAAAGUUGUUAUGCGAUGGAGAUAGCUUUGUGUUAACCAACACGCUAGCAACAUUGGGUUACAUCGCUCCAGAGUAUGGUUUGGAAGGGCUAGUUUCAACAAGGUGUGAUGUGUAUAGCUACGGGGUGAUGUUGAUUGAAACUUUUACGAGAAAAAGGCCUAGUGAUGAUAUGUUUUGCGGAGAUAUGAGCUUAAAGAGAUGGGUAGAACUCUCACUUUCGGAGAUCCCAGAUGAAGUGAUAGAUGCCAACUUAGUCAUGAAUUUGGAGGAAGAAAUGAUUGACAAGAAUAUGCAGUGUGUAUCAUCCAUACUUGAAUUGGCUCUGAAAUGCUCUGCGGACUCUCCCGGGGAUAGAAUCAACAUGAAACAAGCACAUGCAGAGGCAUGUAGUGUUGAAGAUUUUGAAGAGGCAGUAGAUGCUAAUUGGGGUGAGGCAAUGGAUAGUGGUGAGACGACUUCCACCAUUCCACCACAGCUCGGACGCCUCUCCUUCCUCGUCUCCCUCGACCUCUCCAACAACCUUUUCUAUGGAGAUUUGCCACAGGAACUGUCUCUCCUUCGCCGUUUGAAGUUCAUAUCUCUCCGACUCAACAACUUCACCGGAGACAUCCCGCCAAUGUUGGGUCAGUUACCAAAAUUAGAGUACUUGUCUUUACGCAACAACAGCUUCAUAGGUUCCAUCCCAAAAUCGCUCUCAAACCUCACAAACCUACAAAUUCUUGACUUAACUUACAAUUCUCUAAGUGGAGAAAUUCCAAAAGAGUUUGGGAGACUUCAAAGUCUACAAACUCUGUAUGUUGAAUUUAAUCAUCUCUCCGGUGCUAUACCAUCAGCCAUAUUCAACAUCUCGACCCUUGUAGCUAUAGCAUUGGGAAACAAUGAACUGAGUGGAAGUCUUCCAACAGACAUGUGCAGUAAUCUUCCAUUUCUUGCUGGGAUUUAUGUUUCUUCCAAUCAGCUGAGUGGCGCGAUUCCCUCAAAUCUAUCCCAAUGUUCACGGCUUGAGAUCUUGAGCCUCUCUGACAACUCUUUUCGUGGGGAGAUACCUUCAGAAAUCGGCUACUUAACAUCUCUUCGGCAUUUAUCUCUUGGUGGUAACAAUUUGAAUGGAAUACUACCACAUGAGAUUGGCUAUCUUCAGAGUUUGGUUACUUUUGGUGUUGAACGGAAUGAGAUUGCGGGCUCAAUUGAUUUCAAUAUUUUCAUGAAUAUGUCUGCUCUACAAACCAUAUAUCUAGGGCGCAACAAAUUCACAGGGAACCUUUCAAGGGAUGUCGGGAAUAUUACCAUGCUAACAGAGUUAUACCUCGCGGAAAACCAUUUUACAGGGCUUAUUCCCACUGAAUUUGACCAACUUUAUCAUUUGCAGACAUUAGUAUUAGACUGGAACAGCUUGAGUGGUUCGAUUCCAAAUGAGCUUUUUAACAUUUCAACUCUUCGGAUUCUUUCACUUGUCGACAAUGCUCUGUCAGGGGUUCUUCCAACCCAUUUAUGCCAUGCCUCUCCCUUUCUUGAAGAAUUGUUUCUUAGCGGAAAUUCCAUGAGUGGAGCAAUACCCAACUCCAUCUCUAACUGUUCUCAACUCACAAUUCUCUCACUUUUUGAAAACAAAUUCAGUGGUUAUAUACCUACUCAUCUCGGCAACCUAAAGCAUCUCCAACGUCUUACUCUGUUCAGCAACAAUCUUACCCAGGCACCAUCUUCUUCCUUCAUUACUUCAUUGACAAAUUGCAAGUCUCUAAUUUGUUUGUCAAUUGGUAAUAAUCCUCUAAAUGGUAUCGUUCCAGCUUCUGUCGGGAACUUAUCUUCCUCACUUGAAAUAUUCACUGCUUUCAACUGCAAAUUCAGUGGCAGCAUUCCUGUUGAAAUAGGCAAUUUAAGCAAUUUGAUGACAUUGGAGUUGUCAGCAAAUGAGUUAUCUGGUAAUAUUCCACUAACUAUAAGCCAUCUGCAUGAACUUCAAGGAUUAGAUCUGUCUGAGAACAUGUUGGGAGGCUCAAUACCACAUGCUAUAUGUGAUCUAUUCAGCCUCAAUACUUUAUUUAUGAGCCAGAAUCAAUUUUCAGGCCCAAUUCCUAACUGUCUGGGAAAUGUCUCUUCUUUAAGAAAUCUUGGUCUAGACUCCAACAUUUUGAAUUCUAGCAUACCAUCAAGCUUAUGGGGCCUAAAAGAUUUGAUCAAUCUAGACUUGUCCUCGAAUUCAUUAAAUGGGUCACUACCUCUAGAGAUGAGUAACUUAGGAGCAGCGAUAUAUAUAAACCUAUCGAUGAAUCACUUGUCAGGGUCAAUUCCGACGAAUAUUGAAAAGUUGCAGAAUUUGGUUAAUCUGUCUUUGGCAUAUAAUAGACUAGAAGGUUAUAUUCCUGUGUCUAUGGGAAGCAUGAUCAGUUUGGUAAAUCUCGACUUGUCGUACAACAUCCUCUCUGGUUCAAUUCCAAAGUCUUUAGAAGAACUUCAACACCUCGACUACUUUAAUGUCUCUUUCAAUAGUUUAAGUGGAGAAAUUCCUAAUGGAGGUUCUUUUAGAAACUUCACUAUGGAUUCUUUUAAGGGUAAUGAGGCAUUGUGUGGAAUCCCCAAGUUCCGUGUCCAAAUUUGCUCUUCAAUUUCUAAUCACAGAUCAAAGAGAAAGAAGGUGGAACGAGCUUCAUUUAUUGCUUUCGGGGUUGUGGCUUUCAUCUCAGUUGUUUCUUUGGCCUUUAUAAUUGUCAGAAACAAAAGGAAAGACAAGGCGACUAGCAGAGAAGUUGAUGAGUUGAUAUUCAUUGUGCCGGAAAGAAUCUCUUAUUAUGAACUGCUGCAAGCAACGGAAAGAUUCGAUGAAAGCAAUUUACUUGGCACUGGGAGUUCUUGCUCUGUUUAUAAAGGAAUUCUUAACAAUGGGAAGGAUAUCGUUGUCAAGGUGUUUAAUAUGCAGCUAGAAGGUAUUUCAAGAAUAUUCGAUGUCGAAUGUGAGAUACUACGUAGCAUUCGACAUAGGAAUCUGACAAACAUCAUAAGCAGUUGCUCCAAUGAAGAGUUCAAGGCAUUAGUACUUGAAUAUAUGCCAAAGGGAAACCUUGAAAAAUGGUUAUAUUCCCACAACUAUUGCUUGAAUAUGAUGGAAAGAUUGAAUAUAAUGAUUGAUGUUGCAUCUGCUUUGGAGUAUCUUCACCACGGUUAUUCAAUGCCCAUUGUCCACAGCGACUUGAAGCCUAGUAAUGUGCUGUUAGAUAAAGACAUGGUUGCUCAUGUAAGCGACUUUGGGAUAGCAAAGUUGGUAUGCGAUGGUGAUAGCUUUGUGUUAACCAACACACUAGCCACAUUGGGUUACAUCGCCCCAGAGUAUGGUUUGGAAGGGCUAGUUUCAACAAGGUGUGAUGUGUAUAGCUACGGGGUGAUGUUGAUUGAAACUUUUACGAGAAAAAGGCCUAGUGAUGAUAUGUUUUGCGGAGAUAUGAGCUUAAAGAGAUGGGUUGAACUCUCACUUUCGGAGAUCCCAGAUGAAGUGAUAGAUGCCAACUUAGUCAUGAAUUUGGAGGAAGAAAUGAUUGACAAGAAUAUGCAGUGUGUAUCAUCCAUACUUGAAUUGGCUCUGAAAUGCUCUGCGGACUCUCCUAGGGAUAGAAUCAACAUGAAACAAGCACAUGCAUUGUUGCAAAAAAUCAAACAUCGAUUUUCCCAAUGA